CGUGACCGUCCGGAAACACAUAAAGAGGUCGACCGUCGCACCGUAUACCGUGGCUACCCUCCACAGGUUAUACUCCCAUCAAGCUACACUACCACCUUGUCAAACAUGCCUGCUCUUGAAAUAAGGACAAACAUCAGCGUCGCGGACCCGAAGGCGUUCGUGAAGGACUUCUCUGAGUUCUCAGCUACCACGCUGGGGAAGCCCUUGGCCUACAUUGCUGUGCACCUUGUGCACGAUCAGAACCUCGCAUGGGCUGGAACCUUUGACCCUGCUAUCCUCCUCAAUGUGACCAGCUUGGACAACCUCCAACCUGAGAACACGGAAAAGUUUUCCAAGGCUUUCUUCGGCUACUUCAAGGAGAAACUCGGUAUUCCCGACAACAGGGGCUACAUCCUCUUCAUUGACCCAGGCAGGGCUAACAUUGGGCACACUUCCACUACUUUUGCAACUAUCUUCAGCAAGUAAGUGAGAAGAAACGAGAAGUUUGCUGUCCCGGGGAAUUUUGCAAGAUGGAAACGUGUGUAUGAAUAAAUCAGCUGUACUAUCAAUACGAAGGCACAGACACAUCACGAUCGUCUCUCAUUUGUGUCUUGCACGCCGUUUAAC